UAUGUCAUGGGUUGUAAGUAAAUGUGGUGGUGUGAGAUUUUUGAAUAUAAGCAAAGGGGUGGCGUGGAUGGCGGGAGGGAGGACACAACAGCAGUGCGGGUACUUCACCGUCACCUGGAUGUGAAACACACACCUGUUGCCUGCUCCUGUUCGCCACAUAUAUCACAUUUCAGGCCGUUUCAAGAGCUGCAACCGACGACGCAUUUCUGGAAAGACUGAACAGAAUAUUCGAGGGAUGCUUUUAUAAAACAAAAAGGACUCUCACACACACGGAGGCUGCCAGUGAUCAAGCUACAGCCAGCGAACUGAGCUCUUCGGAGGAGAAGCGAAACGUCCGACACCUUCUUCACAGAAGUACACAUGACGUCUCAAGAAGCCUUUCCCUCGAUGGACAACUCCUAUUGAGUAUGCUGCAGGUUGUUUGAGUGACAGAUAUGGGGUCAAGAAGAUCUUAUUUACUCAUUCUGUCAGUGUUGGCACUUGCUUGCCUAUUCCGGACUAUCCGUGGAGAAAGACCAGAGGUGCGUGCAGCUGUCAGAGGUGUUGUCGAGUUGGAAUGUCGUUUUCCACCAUCAGAUUCAGCUGAUGUGUCCUCUGGGUCACUCCAUGUGGUAGAAUGGGUGCGACAAGGACUUGACAUCCCUGUGCUGAUACAAUUUGGAUCCUACACCCCUCGUGUCCAUCCACAAUAUGAGGGGCGGGUGUCUCUGGUGGGGAUCAGCACUCUGAGGUUGGAGGGCCUGCAGUUGGACGACCAGGGCUUAUAUGAGUGUAGGAGACUCUUAUUAGAUAAACCAACAGAGGAGCUUCGGAAUGGCACCUGGAUAAUGCUUUCUGUAAUUGCGCCCCCUACCUUUACCAAAACCCCACCUCCUGUGCUGGAAGGUGUGGUUGGCAAUCACCUGUCUCUUGUCUGUGCUGCCAUUGGCAACCCUCUUCCAGCCAUCACUUGGCUCAAAGAUGGAAGGGUGAUUCAAAGAGGCAAUGGCCAGGAGCAAGUGUUAUCUCUGCCAGCAGUGAGCGUGCAGUCAGCAGGACAGUAUACCUGUCAUGCUUCCAAUUCUGAGGGAAACGUGACUCUCGAGACAAAAGUAAAGAUAAAAGGUCCCCCUGUCAUCGUUGUACCUCCCAAAAGCACCUCUCUAAAUGUAUCCCAGAAUGCACUUCUUCACUGUCAGGCGGUGGCCGAUCCCCCCAACAUGACCUACGUGUGGCUGAAAGGAGGAGAGAACGUCUACCAUGUAGAGUCUCUAAAGUCGCGCGUGAAGAUUAUGGUAGAUGGAACUCUGCUCAUCUCCAGUGUCACCCCAGAGGAUUCCGGGAACUACACCUGCGCUCCAACAAAUGGCCUGCUAGCGCCUCCCACAGCCUCAGCCAACCUCAGAGUAAUGCAUCCAGCCCAGGCUCUUCCCAUGCCCCGGGAAACUUAUCUUCCCACAGGCAUGGGCGGCAUGGUUAACUGCUCCUCAGUAGCUGAGCCGCCUCUGCUUUAUGUGGUGUGGACUAAGGAUGGAGAGCCAGUGGAUUUGUCAUCGUAUCCAGGGUGGACCCUAACACCGGAAGGAAAUUUGCUCAUGGCUACAGUCAAUGAUGACGCAGCGGGCGUGUACACAUGCACCCCAUACAACAGCUACAGGACAAUGGGACCAUCUGGACCAACCAAAGUCAUUUUGCAGGACCCCCCAUCAUUCAGCAUCGCUCCAGAGAAGCAGUACAAACAGAAGACUGGAAGAACCUUGCUUGUCCCAUGUCAAGCAAACAACAAUUUCACAGUAACAGUUACCUGGACUAAGGUUGAAUUGGUUCGCCGCAUAUCUUAUUCCAUCAAACCCAAUGGCUCGCUGUUGCUGCGGCCCCUCGCCAAGGACCACCACGGAAAGUGGGAGUGCAGUGUUUCUAAUCGUGUUGCCUCGGUAAAAGCCUACACUCAAAUCUUCGUUUUGGGAACCAGCCCCCACGCAGCUACAAUGCUGUCUGUCUCUCCAGGGGUGAAGCAGGCCAAUAUAUCUUGGGAGGCAGGCUUUGACGGAGGUUCAGCACAGACAUUUUCAGUUUGGGUAAAAAAAAUGUCGGUGCGUGAUAACGAAAGCAAGCAGGACUGGUUCUCUGUGCCCGUGCCCCCCCUCUAUGGCAGCUCCCUGCUGGUGACAGGCCUGUCUCCUGCUACAGAAUAUCAGUUCAGCAUCCUGUCCCACAACAAAAUGGGCACGGGACCUUUUAGCGGAAUUACCACAGCACGAACUUUAGAGGCUACACCAGUGAGAGGUCAGCCUGUGUUGCUGUCAGCUAGUCAAGGCUCAGCAGGUAUUGUUCUGCAGUGGUCCCUUCCAAAGGUCCAGGACCCGCCCAUCACAGGGUUUGUUCUCCAGUCCCGCAUCAAGCAAGGGGAGUGGCUCAAUUUGGAUGAAGACAUUAGUGCCAACACCAGCGAGAUAGUCGUUCCUGGGCUGCAUAAGGACUGUGUAUAUGAGCUGCGGCUGCUAACUCAACGCGGUGAGCUGCUGAGCGAGCCCAGUCCAUCACUCAAUGUCUCCACCAUGGGAAUGGAAAUGUACCCUUCGACAUCCAGACUGCUGGAGUCUCCAGAACCGUUAUUGGCUGGCAUUCUUGGUGGGGUUGGUUUCAUGUGUUUGGCACUGGUCCUGCUGUUGGGGUCCGCCUGUCUCAUCAGCCACAGAAGGAACCUACGCUGCCGAAAGAAGCGGAAUGAACCCCCACCUGCCAUCUAUAAGUGCUCCCCAUCAAUAAAGAUUUCAGGCACCGGCAGUACAGACAGUGUGUUGAAGAAAAGCCUACUUCCAGCCAGUUCCCUCUACCCCACCACUUCCUCUACCAUUUCAUCCUUGUCCUCGCAGACACAUUGUUCCUCCUUCAACAAUGAGAAUCAUCAUCACAAGCAGCCGCUGUCCUCUCACCACACAGGAAACCCAAAUCAAUUCCAAUGUUCCAAAUCGUCUUGUCCCGUUGCUCCUUCCGUUGAGUUGAUCUCAAGAGGUCCAGAUGGGCGCUUUGUAAUGUUGCCAUACGACACUCUGAGUGUUCAAAGUAAGGAAAGUGUAAAAUAUAGCCAACCGUCCAGUGUCCGAAGGUCUGUAUCAUUAUGCUCCGAGCAGCAAGACAGUAAAAAUCCACCGUUUGUUCUUUCUGUGGAUCUCCCACCUUGCAAAGCAGCUGAAACAAACACUCGGCAAACAUCUGACACCACCCAGCAUGCCGACAUCGAUAACUUUGAUGACAAGGGAAAUUCUGAUGGCUUUCCUGACCUGAACAGCGUGUGUUCUAACAGUAGUUUGGCCAGUGUUUUUCACAAAAGAGCACUAUCUCCCACAUUUCCAGUGCUGCCACAUAUCCGCUCAGGCCUCGGCAAGCCAUCAACAACGGCCAGUAAUCUGGUUCUCCAAAUGGAGCAUGAGCGGGAGAGGGGAAACCUCAGUCGCUGCUUGAAAUUGGCUCAGGAGAGGGAAGAGCUGGCGAGGGAACUCCAGAAAUACACGCUGUACAGAGGCUCCAACGGGGAAAUGAGCAUACGGCCGCAUGUGUCUGAGAAGAGAGAUGGUUAUGAGCUUAUUCGGGAAUAUAAGAGCAGCACCUUGCCAUGCAGACACCCUCCAAGCUACAGGGAGAAUUUUCCAAGUCAUUGCUUGUCAUCGUCUGUUCACUUGGAUGCUAGUCCCACAGUGAUCACAGCCAGGACCUCUUUUAGUCCUUCCACACCUCCAAAUUUGUCGUAUUUAAAUUCUGGUAACCAACAUCCUACUCUUUCCUUAACCGGACAGAUCCCACUCAUAUGUGAGGGAGCAGACCAUUCUUCCAAAGACGGAUUAACUCCUCCACAUCUCUCCCCAAUGCAGAGGCAUGAAAGGGUACAGGAAUCACCACAGGGCUAUGAUAAUUUACUGCAAUCCUCUUCUUUAGAAAUGCAAACAAAUGUACCUUCUUCUGAGGCAUGGAGACAAAACAAUACAUCUUUUCAUUGCAAUAAAUUUGUCAAAAGAUCCAAUUUGUUUCUUGACAGAGCUUCAGGUUGCUUUCAAGCAGAGGAAGAAUUCCCCAAGCCCACUGAGCAGGGUGUAGGUAUCGAGAUGAGUGUAGAUGAGCCAGAGUCUAACUUUGUCACACAGCCUGUACAACCCAGGCUGCACAGCAGAAUCGCCUCUCAUGUGCAAGAAGGGUGCUCUCUGCCUCGGAAAGGCCGGUAUGAGGAAAUGAGGAGGAGCAUAAGCUUUCAUUACCGCGAUAAAUCUUCAGAGCCAGAGCUCCGUAGAGUAGUAAGCCAAGGUUCUAAACUCUGGGACUCCAAGCAACGAAGUCAGAGUCUAGACUCCAGAAGACAAAAAGAGACCGUUUUCCUGACCCCUGAUGCAUGGAUAGACUCUCUAAGCCAAAAAAAUACCUCCCCUUGUCAUCCAGACCCUUUGUGCAAAAACCACCAAAGUUCACCCACCAGCAAUAUCUCCAAAUAUUCCACAAAUAGCCCAACUACCUGUCAUUCACCCCCAGUGACCGACCCCCCCAGGAGGAAUCCAAUGAGGCCUGCGCAAAAUCCCAUUGUUCCAUACGACCACAAGCCAAGAAGAGAUGCCUCUGUCUUUUCUAUUGCUGCCAAAUGGCCAGCUGUCUGCCAGGAAGCCAUGCAAAAGGCAAUGGGUUACUUAGAGGCCACUAAGGAAUCUUCCAGAUGUUCAGUGCCUGAUGACAGCAGGCCACACAAUAAUCCAGAGGCGCUGGAAUUGGCAGACAUCUACGAGGGAGUUCCUGAGUGCGGGAGCAGCUACAGUAGUUAUGCAAGCAGUGGCCGAGGAAGCAUGGAACCCGCUAAUGGACGUUUGUCACUGUGUCAUUUGUCAACAAACAUCACCAACUCACCUGAAACCGCACAGGAAGAGGCUCAGGCAAGACCAGUGGACAAAUACAGUCUCCAAAUGGAACACCCCCAAAGCAGAAAGCCCUCAGUUGAUGAGAAUUAUGAAUGGGAUGAUGCUGAUAUCAGCUCACAACCAUCCGACCAUGAUGGCCUUCUUCCUUCAUUGAGCCGACACAACGCCGCAGCGCUUUGUCGCCAUCCCAGCAUGCAGUUUUCCCCGAACACACUGAAAAACUUCAGUCAGCAGUCUUUGCUUCCGGAGCAUCAAAGCAGCUGCUCUGCAGAGCUUGAACCUGACACUGUGCUUUUCUGACAGCGUUUCUCUGACUUUUCACUUAUUGACUUGCAGCACAAGUCAACAAAAACGUUAACUUUUUACCUGAUUCACCUGGUGGUGUUUUUUUGUUUUUACUAAAAAUAGGACGUGACAUUUUUUUUGAUGGUUUGUUCAUGUUAACUAAACACUGCUUGUUGUUUUAGACAAUCUGUCCAUAUACAGUAGAUAGCCGCUUUUCACGGCAAAUUGAUACGCCCAUAAAAAUGUAUAUUAUCAUGUUUUUAUGAAUUGUUACCAACUUACAGUGAACCAGGUGCGUUUAGGAAAAGUGGCCUUUUUUGAGCAAACUAAAAAUGCUUUUUUUUUUGUUACCAAAAAUCUGCAAAUUUGCGGGGCUGUGAAUGCUUAAUGUGCAGAGAUCCACUGUAUAUCAAAUAUAUUUUGCUGUGCUGGCUGUGACGAAAAUAGAUCUAUAUUUGCUCCGAGAGCACUGUCAGUGCUCCAAACAUAUGAAAUUGCUCUCACUACUUACUUCAGAACUUUUUGUUGUUCACUUAUGCAAGGACA